AUGGUCAAGCAGACGAAAGGAAAGGUUACAAAACUUCAGGUUUGUUUGCACAAACCCACCAAGGAAUCCGUCUUAGGAAUUGGCUUUUGUCGUGAAGACGAAGAUGACGAUUUGACCAUUUCGGGAAUUGCCGAAGACGGUUUGGUCUUUCAACAGACCCAACUCAAGCCAGGCCUCAAGAUGCUUCAAAUCAAUGGUUUGGAUGUCCAAAAGGCAGAUCCCGUUGAAAUUGCCACCAUUCUCAAAGAAGCACCUCCUGGAAACAUUACCUUUUUGGUCAAAGGCCAAGGAUUGGAACACGUCAAGGACGCUGUGUCUUAUCAAACAGGUCUCACCUUUCGUGAAGUCCAAGGCGUCAAGGGAAUCAUGAUUGCAGGCAUUGAAAACGAGAGCAUGUUUGCCUACAACGAAUUGGAAGUUGGAUCCCUCUUGCAAUCCAUCAAUGUCGAAGUCAAACCGACCACUUCCGAAGGAGCCAUGCGAGCCAUGGACGUGGCCUUGCCAGGAAAGGUUACCGUCAAGGCCGAACGCAUGGUCCAAACCAACUUGGGCAUCUGGGCGGAUCGUCGCCAUAAGCCAGAACAGCAGCCAGUGGAAGAAAAAAAGACUCAAGAAAUGACGGUCCAAAAGGUGGGCGUGGGUCAAUACAUGGACAGCCAAUUGGUACUGGACGGUGCAGAAGAAGACAUGACAGAAACCGUGGUCAAACCCACGGCGGAUGCCGACAUGGGACUUAUUUUUGAACAACGCGGCAGGGAUGUCAUCAUUUCCAAAAUUGUCGGGGGAACACCCUUUUCGUACUCACCCAUUCAACCUGGAAUGAGAUUGGAAUCCAUUACUUACACCAACGAAGUCGCUACUGCCAAGGAUGCCGCCUUCACUCUGGAUCGAUUGACCAUGAUUGAUGGUGUCGAAAUGGCAUUGGACGCCGAAGCCUUUGUGGCCACCACCCACAAGACCUUCCAAUGGACGUCGACUGGACUCAAAUUGAUGGAUUCGGACGAUGGUGUCAUUAUUCACGAGAUUCCACAUGGAUCCCAUUUUGACAAGACGGAUCUAAAGGUGGGAAUGAAGAUUCUUUCCGUCAAUGGACGGCCUUGUCCAUUCACAGCCUACCAAGUGGUGGAUCAAAUCAAAAAGGCAACUGGCAAAAUCAAAAUUGUCGCCCAGUUUCCGCUAUCGUAUGUAGAGGUCUACAAGCAAGCAAAAGCAAGAGAACGCGAAAUUGAAACGCACAAAGAUGCCUUUUUCUUGUGCGGUGAAACUCCAUCGCUAUUUUCGGGCUAA